CGCCGAGCUCGCAUUGACGUCCGCGCCGCGCCAUCUUUAGAAAACCACUGUGAAUGAAACUCACGAGUCCGACGUCUAUUAGCACCGCUCUCGGCGCGAGGAGCCGCGCGCUUCUUCUAGGAGGCCAGCCAAGUUAUUUGGUAGGUAGAGGUCAUCAUGGGGAUCAAGGUCCAACGCCCACGAUGCUUCCUCGACAUUGGAAUAAGUAACGUUCUGAUUGGCCGGGUUGUGGUUGAGUUGUUCUCAGACGUCUGCCCCAAAACGUGUGAGAACUUCAGAUGCCUCUGCACAGGUGAGAGAGGUAUCGGCAAAGGAACGCAAAAGCCGCUGUAUUAUAAAGGAUGCGUAUUCCAUAGAAUUGUCAAGGACUUCAUGAUUCAAGGAGGAGACUUUAGUGAAGGAAAUGGAAGAGGAGGUGAAUCUGUCUAUGGCGGCUUUUUUGAGGAUGAAAGCUUUUCAAUGAAACAUAACAAGGAAUACUUGUUGUCUAUGGCAAACAGGGGUAAAGACACCAAUGGAUCCCAGUUUUUCAUAACGACCAAGCCCUCGCCACAUCUAGAUGGCGUACAUGUGGUUUUUGGUCAUGUAAUAUCUGGCCAAGAGGUUGUUCAAACCAUGGAGAGUCAGAAAACUGAUCACAACAGCAAACCAUAUGCAGAGGUGAAAGUUAUGAACUGUGGAGAGCUCAUCCCCAAAACAAAAGCAAAGAAAGACGAAAAGAAGAAAGAGAAGGCUUUGUCUAUUGCCAGCAGUAGUUCCAGUGACUCUGACAGCUCCUCAGACUCUUCCUCAGAAUCCUCCUCAGAAUCUGAGAAAGAAUCAAAGCGGAAAAAGAAGAUGAAAAAAGAGAAGAAGAAGAAGCAAAUUAAAAAGGAGAAGAAAAAGUCAGAGGCUGAAAGUGGUGAUGAAAAGGAGGAAGAGCUGAUUUUGUCCACUGUGCGACCUGAAGAAAUUCCAGCCAUCCCAGAGAACAAAUUUCUCAUGAGGAGAAGUCCACAGCCCGUCCAGAAGCAAAAACAGGAAACUGUAAAGGAUCGGCAAAAAAAAGAGGAAAGGCCAAGGGAAAGAAUGUUUAAUUCUCAGUCAACAUAUCACAGAAGACUUGUGAUGACACGAUCUGGCAGGAAGAUAAAAGGCAGGGGUCCACGGCGAUAUCGGACACCGUCACGCUCUCGCUCAAGAUCAAGGGAUCGUUUCAGGCGUAGUGAAACUCCUCCCCACUGGCGACUGGAGAUGCAACGUCAGAGAAUGAGGGCAGUCAGCGGGGAGCGUUGGAUUAAGGGUGACAAGGGUGAUGUGGUGGAGGGUAAAGAUGAGGCUGCUAAAGCUCCGCGAGGAAGGGAGAGGCGGGUCUCUGAAACCAAGCAUGAGCAAACGACUGAGAGUAAGAAAGACAAAGGUCGCUCUCACAGAUCCAAAAGCAAAGAGAAGGACCCAGCGAAGAAAGACGAGAAGCACGGCAAGCACAAGGCAAAGAGGAGAGACAAAUCCCGAAGCCGCAGUAAAAGCCAAGCCAAAAGUGGAAGAUCUAAAAGCAGAGAGCGGGAUCACAGGCACAAAGGCAAUGACAGAAGAGGCCGUUCCAAGAGCAAAGACAAAACCAUCAACAAAGGUAAAGAAAAAGAGUCUGAAUCGGAUCAAAACAAAGAGAGAAACAAGCACUCCGAGUCUGAUAAGAAACAAAGAGAAGAUGCCAGAGGGAGAAAUGGCGAGAAAGACAGGACAAAGUCACAAAGCAAGGAACGAGCAACUGUAAAAGAUGGCCACAGAUCCAACAGCAGAAGCAGGGACAGGGGUAGACCUGUUUCAUCCAGAGACAAAGGGGAAGGGCGGGAAAGGGACCGAGACAGGGGUGGGGAACGCAGCCGGAGUCAGGAAAGGCGGCACCAUAGCGAGAGGGACAAUAAGAGGCGAGGGACAUCCAGAGACAGGAACCGAACAAGGAGUCCAGACAGGGACAGGGAUGGAGACAAGGCCAGAGACUCACGUAGGGUAAGACGUUCCAGAAGCAAGAGCAACAACAGAGGACAUAGCAAAGACCGGCCGUCUCACAGAAAGAAUAAGGACAGUGAAUCUGGUCACCGAAAGAGGUCCAAGAGCAGACACAAUAGCAGCAGCUCGGAGAGCGGAGGAGAAGACAAAAGGAAGAGUCGAAGAAGCCCAAAAGGAAAGAGAAGAAGAUCAGUUAGUACCCGGAGGGAGCCUUCUCCCAAGUCCAAAGACGGCAGGCAGAGCAAGGCGCAGAACCGCAGAAAAAAAGACCAAGAGGGAAAUCACAGCAGGAGGAAUAAAUCGAGGUCCGGCUCAAGUUCUGAUGAUUAGCCCAUCAUUCCUACAUGUUUAGUGUUGCUAAUACUUGUUCUGAAGGGGUCAGUUGAAGCAUAUGGAAGUCCACGUUUUUAAUGGUUUGGUAAAAGAUCUGUUGGCGUUAAUGUAGUUCCAGUUCAAGACAGUUUGGAAGGAAAGAAAUCUAUUUUUUUGACGAUUUCCUUUCAAAAGAGAUCUUUUUCAAUUCUUUGUUUUGUUUUCCCCAUUGCAAUUCUUUACUGUAUUUUUUCCCCAAGCGAUCUGUUUUGUGUGUAAGGACGGUAGUGUUGGACGAUUGUGAAAUACCCCACUUUCAGCAGUGAAAAAAAAAAAGAAAAAGUGGAGGAAUUUACAUCUCAUUUCUUGCAUGUUUAUCCCUGUUUCACUGUUAGAUAAGAUAUCUGGAUCUAUCACCUUACUGUCGUUUUUUGUAAACUGGUUUUUAAAAUGCCUAUAGUUUGCUGUUCAAAUGAAAAAAAAGUAAUUCUAUAGGUGCAGCAUAAAGUUUUUAUAAAUUCUUUUUUGUCCAAGUUUUUUUUUUUUUUUUUUUUUUUCCUCCCCAUUAACCAUUCUGACACCUACAAGGCUUUCGGUGGCGGCGGCAGGAAUAUAACUUGCCAAGUCUGGCGCGAAACAUCACUUUUGUAACAAAUGUGUAAAUACUUUGCUAACCUAGUACCAUUAGCAUUCGGAUUUAAAACUGCACCAAGUCGAGUCUAUUUUAUUUGUAUAGCUCAUUAUCACAAAUUGCACAUUUGUCCCAGUGGGCUUUACAGCAACACUACAUCCUGUCCUUAGACCCUCGCAUCGGAUAAGGAACAACUCCCUAAAAAAAAACAACCUUUAACAAGGAGAAACUAGGAAGACACCUCAGGGAGAGCAACAGAGGAGGGAUCUCUUCCCCAAGAUGGACAGAUGUGCAAUGGAUGUUGUGUUUACACAAUUUACACAAUACAACAUUGAAAGAGGAUAACAGAAUUACAAACAUCCAAAGCUACUGUGACAACCCUCACUGGUGUAAGAAAUGUACUCUUUAUAUGUAGUUUGUUACCAAUGGCUCAUGAUAUUUUACUGUCUUUGUGACCGCCCCCCCCCCCACUGCAGAUUCUCUGGGUGCAUUCAAUUCUUUAACACUUCCUCUAUCCCUGUCCUCCCCUGAGUUAAACUUAUGGUGAUGUGAGCAUCCGGGGGGCAUGACGGUCUAUCCCAUUGCCUACCAACACGGGGAUCGCCGGUUCGAAUCCCCGUGUUACCUCCGGCUUGGUCGGGCGUCCCUACAGACGCAGUUGGUCGUAUCUACGGGGGGGAAGCCGGAUGUGGGUAUGAGUCCUGGUCGCUGCACUAGCGCCUCCUCUGAUGAGUCGGGGUGCCUGUUCUGGGGGGACUAGCGUGAUCCUCACACACACUACGUCCCCCCGGCGAAACUCCUCGCUGUCAGGUGAAAAGAAGCGGCUGGCGACUCCACAUGUAUGGGAGGAGGCAUGUGGUAGUCCGCAGCCCUCCCCGGAUCAGCAGAGGGGUCGGAGCAGCGACCAGGACGGCUCGGAAGAGUGGGGUGAUUGGGUGGAUGCAACUGGGGAGAAAAAAGGGGGAGCCCCCCCCCCCAAAAAAAUGUACCAUGCAACUGGGGAGAAAAAAAAAGGGGGGGGGUAUGGUGAUAAUACCUGAGGUAGUACCCUAUCUGGAGCAAGUGUGUGAUGGUAGGGAAUAGGGAAAGUAAUUGUAAAAGCGGCCGUAAUGGCCUUCCCUCCCAGUAUAAGUUACAGUAACUGGGUGGAGGUUUACUACCAGCGACAUGGAGACUGCAUGAAAAACCCCUCGU